ACCAAAUGCUUGCCAGUGCAUUGCCUUUUGUAUAAACUUUUGUUUAAACAUCCAGCCGCUAGAUUUAAGAGUUAAGAUUAAAUGGAGACAGGAAUUCUGUCGCCAUGAAAACGCGGCUAAAUAUAUAAACCGGGUUCCUGUAAGAUUCAUGUUUUUCUUAAAUGAAAAAAAACACAUAAAUAUCGAAGCCAUGAUAGAAAGGCAGGUGAAAUAUCGUCUCAGUCAUUUGACCUUUUCAAACUAAUAACAGCUACCUGCUCGAGAAUUGAGUAGGUCAUGGCUACGAUGUAAUUGUUGGGGAAUAAUAAUUGUCUUGUCCAGCUGUCUCAAUAUCUAAAACAUAAAAUAAUCAAUAUCGCAGGCCAGCCCUUUAUCAGCUUGAGACUAGACUUCAAUGUUUUGCCGGAGAAGGUAAAAAAGUGGAAAAGUUUUGUCAGCCUAAAAAUGAUCUGAUGUAUUCAUUUUAUUUGAAACGUGAGGAAAAGGUAUAUCCUGAUGACUAGACUGUUGAAUGUCCAAUUUCUGUCUUAAGUGCGCUGCACAUUUGCAUGACAAUACAGCCAAAUUUCGGGCAAAUUUUGACAGAACUAAUAAGGUUUCUAAGGCCAAUAAGUGCAUUCAGCAAGAUUGAUGAAGUGUCCACCGCUUUUGCAUACGUAUUCAAGUGGAUUUUGCAUAUAGAACGUGCGCGUUUUCAGUCUGGCAAAAAAUAUCACGGAUGAGUUGCUUGUACUACUUUCAGCAAGUUUACUCGUGAAGUUUAAUGGUUCAACAGAGAGAAUAAAGAUUUGGCGUUUUUGUUAACAUUGCUCUCUGAUUAUUUCUGCCUGUUGUUUACCAAUUGAUUUCUCCUGCCACGCACGAGAUCGUCCGGCGACUGCUGCUGGUAAUGGACCCUGAUUUCUAGCAGAACCGUCGUUGAGUACAUUGUGGUUUGAACUAUCCUACUUUCGAGAGUAUCCCGCUUGCAAUGUCUGACUUUGGGACAAUGGAAAAGGUUUUUCUUGGAAUCAUUGUGGGUUUAAUGUGCGUCACAGCUCUGCUUGCGAACUUCCUCGUUAUUUUUGUUGUCUAUCGCAACACGGCCCUCCGACAGCAGUUCUCUAGCGUAUUUAUCGUGAACCUGGCAAUGGGCGACUUCUUGACGGCGUUAUUUUCCAUGCCUCUCUCGCUGGGCGCCUUGGUAUACCGUGGUUGGCCGUUCUCAUCCCUACUUUGCCAUUUCAACGGUUUCUCCAACCAAAUCCUCGGAAUUUCCGCCAUCCUGACGCUGGCUGUAAUCUCGAUUGAUCGUUUUUAUGCUGUCAUAAAGCCGCUCAAAUAUCGCGCAAAAAUGACAAUGCAAAAGGCUUUUAAUUCCGUCUGUUAUGUCUGGGUGCAGGCGGCGUUGUUCUCCCUAGUCCCCGCUCUUCACGGCUGGUACAUUUUCAACGAGAACUACUUUUUCUGCACCUUCUCGUCUGUGUAUCUUAACAGACGCGAGAUCGCCUUCACAUACUGUCUAUAUUUCUUCAACUUUGGAGUUCCGCUUACAAUCAUGCUUGGCGCUUACUACAAAAUAUUCCAAGUGGCGAGACGGCAUUCUCAGCGCAUUGCACCAGCAGUUGUCACGCUCGGAACAUUCGGCAUUCAAAACCUCGAUGAUAUUCGUAAAGAGAUCGGAAGGCAACGUGAAGCGAGGGCCGCCCGAAAAAUCAUUCUCGUUAUUGCGGCGUUCCUGUGUUGCAACGCACCGUAUACCAUCAUGAGGUUACUGGAGUUGAUGCAGGGAUACAAACUUGGUGUACCCAUGUUCGUUACAGUAUGCGCAAAGUUGCUGAACUUUUUGAAAAGUUCGUUAGAUCCUUUAAUAUAUGGGUUAUUUCAGAGACGUUUUCGAUGCGCACUUUCCGCGUUAUUUUUGUCGAAAUCCCGGGAAAGGAGGAUUCGACCAUCGUUAAACCAGACUUCAUCUCAGAGCAGAAGAAGCGAUGUUAUGAAAACUAACAAUGCAAUGAACUCCCUCACACCAAUAGAAGCGCGAAACUCAGGUGACGGAAAGUUUUGGUUUUACUAGGAAGAAGACGAUGGUUCCAGCCGGCAACCUUCUUAGUGAAAU